UUUGCUGUCCACCCAAAAGAUGAAUAGACCCAACAACCAAUACACACAUUUUUAAUUCCGGAAGUGAGAAAAGAAGUAAUAAAUUGUUUAUCAAUAAGAGAAGUGAGUAAAGUGACAAAUAGCAAGAAGAUGAAGAAGAAUUAUCAACGAAAAGAUAGAAAAAGCAAAGAAGUUUCCUAGUAACUUAACCUAAACAUCCUGAAAUGAACGUUAUUGGAUAUUUCAAUGACUACAAGUGGGUGUAGUUAACCAAACCACAAUAACUACAAUUAUCGGCGCACACUAGAAAAAGAAAAUUUUGGUUACUAACUUUUGAUGCAAUUGCAGAUAACACAAACCAGAUAUUUCUCGAAGAAAGCUCGACGCUUCAUCGAUCGAAAUUUUAAAACUCGGAUGCAUGAUCAUGAGUUAACACCUUCACAAAAUUAUGAGUUUGUUCAGAUUCACUAUUGAAAUUAAAAUGUUCAAACCUGCUACGAAAUAUAUACUUAUGUGGGCAGUAGCAGAUCCAAGGAGACAACCCAGUCACGGUCCAGCCUUCCUUAACCUUUCCUCUCUGGUCCGGUCCAGAGUUAGCAUAGCACUUCAAUUUUUUUUUUUUUUCAAUUUUAGGUAUUUGAUCCAGUGCUCGUCGAGUCACAGUCCAGCCUCUUCACCUCUUUUCAAAUGUGGUACAAUACUCUACAAUGCCCUGAAUUCGCCGAGUUGUAUAUGGCCCUCUCCAAAUGCUGAAACCACCACCACGACCACCAGAUGGAACCACACAAAAACAGCUAGAGUUUCGGUUCAACCGAAAAACCAGCCCGGUUCUUUUAAUCCCCAAUCCUUUUCCUUCCCGUUUGGUUGGCUCACUUUAUUACACUUGAAUUAUUUUAUUUUUAGUGACCGUUUGAGCCGGGUCCCGGUCCCUCAAUGGUCGGAUCCAAACCCCUCUGUAUAAAACCACCCCUCUGCCCCCUUCUCCAUUUCCAACCCAUCCCACCUUCAAUCUCAAAUCCCUUCUCUUCUCCCUCUGCUCUCUCAGCUGUUCAUCUCCAGCUCCAAAACCCAUCAACUUUGCUCCAUUUUUUUCUCAACCCAAUCAACCAAAUGGCCCAAGUAAGCUUCUCGAAGGCAGCUGCCCUCUCCAUGAUCCUGUUGGUCGCAUCUCUGGCGACCAUUGUCUCUGCCCAGGAAAUGGCACCUGCUCCCUCGCCGUCGCUGGUCACCGGCGCUGGCUUCUCCGUCCAGGUGUCCGGCGCUUUCGUUGCCGUCUCCGUGGUUGUGUCUCUCAUGGGCUUGUUGAAGAUGUAGAGGGGAUUCUUCUCUUUCCUCCUGCUUCUUCGCUGGUUCAAUUGUUAUCUUAUCUCUGUUCUGGUUUUGGGUUUGGGUCAAUAUUGGAUUUUGUAUCGGUUUUGCGGGUUUGAGGUUUGAGACACAUUAUUGUAUCGAAUUCUUUGAUCCCAUAUAUAUUAUUACAUUAUAAGAGAUUAUUCAUUUACUAUAUACUCGUGACUUCAAUAUUGCUGUUCUUUCUCGGAUUAAUUAGACUCUUGUUCAAUGGUUUUUAGUAUCCCUCAUUAGAUAUUCAUCGGUGCAUAAGUUCGAUAUUACGGGUCGAUCAUAUGAAUUGAGUGCGGGUACAUCUAUGUAAAAUCUUCUAUGAAAAUUUUCUUCCGAAUAAGUCGGACAUUGUGGAAAAUCCUCAUAAUUUCAUAUGGAGUGAUCAUUAAAAAAAAAUUAUGCAACAGUUACGAAAAAAUGCACUCACAUAAAUUUCUUGAGGGAAAAAAAAAAUCUGGUUUCACUGAGUGGUCAAUAAUUUGGUACUUCUAAUCGACAAGCUUUACCCAGAUAAAAAGUAUAUUUUAUUUGAAAUGUUUAGAGAUUAAUUGUAGGAGAUAAAAGUUAUGUAUGGAGAAGAAACAACAUCAUGAUCAUCCUUCAAAAAGUUGAUACACGAACCUUAACACAUUGCGCACACCAUCCCUUGCUGUCGACGAGGGGAAAAAAAGUCGCAGCCAACGAGUAAAUAUUAAAAAAGAGUAGUGAUUAUAAAUAUACAAAAUUGGACAUUGAUAUAAAAGAAUAUAAUAAAUUACUAUUGUGAAUGGAAGCCAUGUUGUUUGCUUUGUGAUUACUCAUUAGUGUUGGAAGGAAAUUAUAACAUCUCAACUGUUUUUAUUACAAAGUUUUCAAUAGGUAAUGUCUAUUUUUUAUCCAUUUUUUUCAAAUUCUUUAUAUUAUUCAAAUUUAUCAAAAUACUAAAAAUUAGUCAAAUGUUGACUUUCAAUUAGUAAUUUUGUUAGUAAUAUUGACUUAGUAACAUGAUACUGACUUGGAAAAGACACAUGAAAGUCAACGUUCCAAAAUUUUAGUAUUUUUAACUAAGAUAAAAGUUACAAAAUUAUUAACUAUAAUGUAAAAAGGGCUAAUAUCUUGUUGUAUUACGAAAGAUUUGGCUAAAUAAUAACAUUUUAAUAGGUUUAGAUAAUAUAAAAAAAUCUGAAAAGGUUUGGAUAAAAAAUAGACAUUACCCUUAAGAGUAUUGUUACAUCUCAAUCAUUUUUAUCUAAAUAUUGUUGAUUUUGGAUAAAUUUUUGCUCUGUUUUACUUGUGGGGUGUACCGUGAAGAAUUUCAAGGGUCACACAUCACUUUAGUCUACAUGGCUCCAUUCUAAGCACGUUUAAUCUAAGAGUUCUUACAAGAACUCAUCGGUUCCCAUCCCAAAAUGCAAUUUGUUGGUUAAGGUUGGAUUCUUCCUUAUGAAUUGCGCAGAUCUCUUUCAUACUUUGUCGAUAUGAGAUUUGUCUAAAAUGUUAAACAAGUGUUGAUAGUCAAGGUUAUUAUUAUUAUUUUUUUGGCCAUAGCAGUAAAAGUGUACUGUCACUUGAAAUACCCUAAUUGUCAAUCAUUCACAAAUUAAAAUAAAAAGACCCUGCAUAAAUGUACAGAAGCAAAACAGUUAAAAACUUUAAAAUGAAUGAUUCAUCAUUGAAAUAUUACGUCUCUCGAGGAAGCGGAGGAACCUUUUCUCCACGUACUUUCGAAAAUUCAAAAUUUGCCGCGCUUUAAAAAUGAAAAAUUAUUUGUGAAUUUUCUUCAAUUUAUUUGAAAAUUUUUCAAACGAAACUAAAAAAAAAAAAAAUACUCAUCUAAAGUACAACUCGCAUCGAGAACCAAAGGAACAACACAUCGUAUCUUUCUUUCAUUCGUUAUUAGUAAUUUAAAAUGAAGUAACAACCAAGGG